ACAAGACAGCUGCCGAUCGCCAGCCGAGCGCCAGUACGCGCCCGCCGCCCACCAUGGUAGCUAGACCGCGCGCCUGCUGUCUGCUGCUGCCGCUGAUGCUGUUGCCGGGUUUCGCCGUAGCGACGCCUGCUUCCGACGUGCAACAGGACGAUCUGGUGGUCGAGACGCGCUUAGGGAAACUGCGCGGGUCAGUCAUCACGUCGCGGAAAGGACGGCCCAUCUACUCUUUCAGAGGGGUCCGCUUCGCUAAACCUCCUAUCGGCAAUCUCCGUUUUCAGGCUCCACAGGCCCUCGAUCCCUGGACGGGAGUUGUGAAUGCAACGGAGGAUGGAAACGCUUGCCUGCAGCCCUAUGCGAGUACUACCAUAGCACCUGCCUCUGAGGACUGCUUGUUCCUGAACGUAUACACAACACAGCUCCCAUGUAGUGACUGCGAGCAUCCAAACAGAUCAGUACUAUUCUUUAUACAUCCGGGAGGAUGGUAUGAGUUCUCCGCAAUAAGCAAAGUGCUCGGACCACAGUAUCUUCUGGAUCAGGACAUAGUACUCGUGACUGCAAACUACCGCCUAGGAGCUCUAGGUCUUAUGAGUACGGGCGAUGGCGUGCUGAAAGGCAACUACGCGAUGAAGGAUCAGGUUGCUGCUCUCCGCUGGGUAAAUGAAAACAUCGAUGCGUUCGGUGGCAACCCAUCUAGCGUGACGAUUUCUGGAUACAGCGUUGGAGGAGCAAGCGUGUUUUUCCACAUGUUGUCCCCAAUGACGAGGGGUUUAUUCCAGAGGGCAAUUUCAAUGAGUGCUUCUAUUGACACAAUGUGGGACAUUGACAGAGAUCCAGUGGUGAAGGCGAGAAAGCACGCGGAACUCGUUGGCUGCCCGACGGGGACCUCUCAGCAGAUAGCCGACUGCAUGCGCGAGAAGACAGCGGAAGAAAUCGCGUACUCCAUGGACGGACUAGCGGAAUGGGGAUACGAUCCGAUACUCAUCUACUACCCUGUCAUUGAACCUGAUCUCAAUGACGGCAGUGAGAGAUAUCUUGAUCAAGAACCAUAUCCACAGCUACUGAGCGGGAACUUCACGAAAGUUCCGUGGAUGACUGGCUACACAAAGGACGAAUUCUCGUGGAAGGCUCUCUCCGUAGUUGAAAAUUCAACGUGGGCCAACGACAUGUAUGAAAACUUCGAGACUGUCGCUCCAAUAUCAUUCAUGUACGAAAGAGGUACGGAGCGCUCCCGCAACAUUAGCCGAGAGUUGAAGGCCUUCUACAUCAACAACCAACCCAUCACUAAUAACUCACUCGAUGGCCUCGGAAAGCUGUAUGCAGAUUCCAUCAUAUGUUUCGGCGAAGACCGCGCAGCUAAAAUAAUAUCAGGAAUUAGUGAUUUUCCAGUUUACUUUUACAGAUUUUCUUAUCAGGGAAGGUACAGCUUCGUUUACUACCCAAAUACUACGACGCCAUACGGUGUUGUUCAUCAUGACGAGCUAAUCUACUUGUUCUACUUGUCAGCGCUGGAUUUUCCAUUUUUUCAAGAAAGUGAUCCAGAAAUCCAAACUCUUGAGCGACUUACGACGAUGUGGGCGAAUUUUGUGAAGACAGGCAAUCCGAUACCAGAGAGUUCGCAGCUCCUAGACAAUGUUCAGUGGCCGCCCAUGAAGCCGGACAACCUGACGUACCUGGACAUAGGUUCAGAGCUGCAGGUCAAACAGGGGCUGUACCAGGACCGCAUGGAGCUCUGGGACAGCCUGUUUCCGUUUUCUACCGGCGGGGAGUAAAAUAGUGGUAUCAGUGAAAUUUGUGUAACUUAAUACUCAAAAUGCUCAGAAAAAGUGCCAGCGAAGAAAAUUGAUAGAUAUCAGACUAUAGAGAAUAUUUAAUUAAAGGAAUGUAAAAUGUUGUGCCAAAUAUGACUCUGUAAUGCAUGUUUGUACUCGCUUAUUUUAAAAAUUUUGUAUGUACUUUGCUUCUAUUUUUGAGUGUGUAGUGAACAGUGAAGGUCAAUUAAAAAUACUUUGUAAAGAA